UUUUUUGGGCGCCAAGUGUGGAAGUCUGCGGAAAACGUCGAAAGAUGUUUUGCGAGAAAGCCGCCGACUUGAUUCGAGAGCUCCAGCGGAUCAACGACGGACAACUUCCGGCUUUUAACGAGGACGGCGUCCGGCAGGUGCUGCAAGAGACGGAAGCUCUCUACGAACACAACCAGGCUGACGUCCACGAGACCAAAAGCGGCCGCACGGCAGACUUGCUUCCGACAAUCCGAUUACGUCACUGCUGCCUGCUGAGGAACCGUCGCUGCGUCGCCGCCUACUUGUACGACCGGCUGCUGCGGAUCCGAGCGCUGCGCUGGGAGUACGGCAGCGUGCUUCCGGCGAACGUGCGCUUCCACAUGAGCGCCGAGGAGCUGCAGUGGUUCACGCGCUACAAAAAGUCUCUGGCGUCCUUCAUGCGUUCUCUGGGCGGAGGCGGCGGACUGGAUCUCACCCAGGACAUGAAACCGCCCAAAAGUCUUUACAUCCAGGUGAGGUGCGUGAAGGACCACGGCCAGCUGGAGCUCGACGACGGCACGCUCGUCUUCCUCAAGAAAAACACUCAGCACUUCCUGCCGCGCUGGAAAUGCGAGCACCUGAUUCGUCAAGGCGUCCUGGAGCACGUCAUCUCCUGAGCGCCCGCUUGGGCUCUUGAGGCGAGCGUCAUCUCUUUUUGGUCCACCGGGGGGCGCCGACGAGGAGACCGCGGAAGCGACUUGUGCAGCCAAACCGUUUGUUAGUGCGUCUUGAGUGUCCAAUUAAACGAGCCGGUCGAUCCGGACU